AUGCGCGUCGAUCCCACGAGAGCCCAGGCUCUCAUCUCGCAGCUGUCGUCUGUCAAGGAGCGCAUCGGUGGCCUCGCCCAUGGCCGUGAUGUCAGGCUCGUCGCCGUAUCCAAGCUCAAGCCCGCCAAUGACAUCCUCGCCCUCCACCAGGCGCCCGCCUCCCACCGUCACUUUGGCGAAAACUACACGCAGGAACUCACUCAAAAGGCACAGCUCCUCCCCAAGACCAUACAAUGGCACUUCAUCGGCGGCUUACAAUCAGGCCACUGCAAGACGCUCGCCAAGAUCCCCAACCUGUUCUGCGUCUCAUCCGUAGACACCCUCAAGAAGGCAGCCCUCCUCAACACCACGCGCGGCGCCCUCCUCGCCUCGGACCCAUCGCUGCCCAAGCUGUCCGUCCACGUGCAGGUCAACACGUCCGGGGAGGAAGCCAAGUCCGGCUGCGCCCCGGGCGAAGAAACCGUGGCGCUGUGCCGCGAAAUCAUCACCAACUGCCCGAACCUGCACCUCCUGGGGCUCAUGACCAUUGGCGCCAUCGCGCGGAGCAAGGCCACGACCGCGGACAAUGAAAACGACGACUUUAUCGCGCUCAAGCAGCAGAGGGAUCUGGUGGCCAGGCAGCUGGCGCUCGACGACGCGAGGCUGGAGCUGAGCAUGGGCAUGAGCGAGGACUUUGAGGGCGCCGUCGUUUUGGGCAGCGGCGAGGUGAGGGUUGGCAGUACGAUUUUCGGCACGAGGCCCGCAAAGGCCGAUGCAAAGAUUAAGGAGUAG